UUCUACUCCAUGUCCGGUGCUUCCAGCAUUGUUUGAAUUUCCAUCCAGUUUGUUGGGUUUGAAUCUGAUGGUGCAGGUCAAAAUUGUGACUUUCUGUUAUGUUUUGAAAAAUAUGGGCAUUUUGUAGUCAAAUUGGUUACAUAAAAAUGUGAAUGCACUCUAAUCCAAUCAUCAUCACAUUUCUAAACACACUUCCACUUCAGGGGGUGUUAGACACCAAUAAAACAACUGUUUAAGCUAGAUCAGCUAGCUUAAACUGUCAAAUGUUAUGAUGAUGCAUUUUACAUCGAAUAGAUUCUGAACUUCUAGCUGUAAAUACAAGUGAUUGCUAAGCCAAGAUGUAGCUACAAUAAAGUGAGGGCCCCAGAAUAGAUCUCAAACAAUGGAUUGUUCAGGUGAGUUAAGUUGCACACAGAGGUAGGACCAUAAUUGUUAUAGUUGGUAAAUGAAAAAGACUUUUUUGUCUGUUUGUGCAUGAGCAUGUUAGGCUAAUUUUGUCUCCUAUUUUAAUCACUAACUGGACUGGAUUAUUUUUGUCGAUUUCUACCUGUUUGGUUUGGCAUACAUGUACACUUACUAGUCUUACUAGCUCACUAGCUACUCUUUUAAUGAUGAGUAGCAGGCCUUUCAAGGACUGGAAUUGAAACGAUGCCACCUUAUAUAAAGCAUGCAUCGGUCUUGUCCUAAUACUCGCAUCUACAAUCUUUGCAUUUGAUUAAUUGUGUAUAUACAUAACAUGCCAAAAGAGCAUUGCAAUAGUCCAUUGUGGAUAGAAUAGCAAAAACAUGUGCAUCCUGCUCCGAUAGGUAGGCCAUAUUGUUCCUAAUGCUGUAUAAAGGCUGGGGCGGAUCAAACUGUUGGGCAGUGUUGGGCCAUUGGUGAGUGUCUGUCAGUCUAGAUUGACAUGGACACAUACCUCUCAAAAAAAUGUAAUCACACAUUGCAAUGAGAACCAUGGAAGCAGAGCGAGACUGGUCAUUUGAGUAUUAAUCAAGUGGUGAGUCCUGUGGAGCUCCGAAUGAUAUAGUUGUUGAAUGUUCCACCAGUUCCCACCUCGUUCUUUCUUGAAUGAGAGUGAUUGAGCUAACCAAAGCACCGAUAAACAACCUUGACACGGUGGGACAGAGAAAGCUCACUGUAUACUGGAGUUUUGGAAGUGUUAUUGCUAAGCAACACAGUUAGAAUAAAUAAGUAUGAAUGCUCACACAAUUGCAUUAACUAUGUGCAAGGAGCUCUGGAGAACUAUCGAGUCAAUCGAUACAGAAGUACAAAUCAGCCUCAAGAUGACAAGAGGUAAAGGAGCUAUUUCUAUAUAUUUUUUAUUAAUUAUGUAUGUAUUUAUUUACUUAUUUCUUGUCUUUUCUUUCCUUUUGAGAGCGAGAGAGAGUUUGUGCCACCUGCAGGUCAAAUGUUCUAUAAAGUUGAAGGUGACUUGAGGUGUUGCUGACUAGGAGUGCACAGCUUUUUGACCUUGAGCCGUUCUUUUUGUUUUCCCGUCCAAUUUAUGAGUGUAUAUUUACCUAAAUAAUGAUCUAUUAUUGUUUUUUUUUGUUUCUGCUGAACCAUAAACCCGUUCCUCCUUUUCUGAUCAUACAUCAUCUCUCCUUUUUUUUUUGUUAUUUACAAUCAAGCGUCAAAAGAUUCUCCAGUUACCACCACAUAGGACGAGCAAAGGAAAUUUAAAACGCAGGAUAAAUUGCCAUUAUAUGAGGGUUGACAUGGGCUGGUUGACUUGGUCAAAUGCAAUGGACAUAUCCAUCAAGAUGACUACUGAUGAUGUGGAAAUGUGAUGCAUGAUGGAAUUUACUUAGCUUCAAAGAACUCUCUGGCAGGGAAUGUUUUGGUGGAACUUUCUGACGAAGGGAAGAGCUGAUGGGAUUCUUUAGGAGUCACAAACCCCUGCUAUCAUCUGUGAACCGGGUCAGAAUCCUAAUGCUCGGCCCUGUUGGUGCUGGAAAAUCCAGUUUCUUCAACUCCAUCAACUCCAUCUUCAUGGGAUACGUGACCAGCAAAGCCAUGUCAGGAUCUGCUAAAUCUAGUGUCACCACACAGUUUCGUAUGUACCCAGUGAAAGAUGGUCAUGAGAGAAAGCCAUUGCCGUUUGUGUUGUGUGACACCAUGGGCCUCGAGGAGCAAUCAGGAGCAGGACUGGAUAUUAAAGACAUCAGUAGCAUUCUUCAAGGACACAUACCAGACCGCUAUAGAUUCAAUCCAGUCACACCAUUUCAACCUGAUGAGCAAAAGUCCUCCAGACCUGCGUCUCUCCUGGAGAAGAUCCACUGUGUGGUGUACGUGAUCGACGCCACCAAAAUCUCCCUCAUGUCUGAGAAACUAGAGGAAAAACUUACUUCUGUACGUUGUCUAAUCAACUCACUUGCCAUUCCACAAAUGGUUGUGAUGACAAAAGUCGAUGAAGCUUGUCCUCAUGUGCAGAAAGACCUUCAAAACGUUUAUGCCAGUUCCUACACCAAGAUGAAGGUGCAGGAGGUGAGCUCUCGGUUGGGUGUGCCGGUGUCUUGUGUUUUACCAGUGAAGAACUACAGUCAGGAGAUCGAGCUGGAUCUCAACUGUGACGUCCUGCUUCUCAGUGCUCUACACCAGAUGCUUCGAUUAGCAGAUGAUUAUCUGGAUGAUGUUGAUUCCUUUUAGGCCAUAGAAAGCUCAUCAUAGAAUGAUAGAUACAGGGUUAUACAGUACAGUUGGUCAGAAUUAUUAGCCCCCCUGUUUAUUUUUUCUUCCAAUUUCUGUUUAACAGAGGAAAGAUUUUUCAAC